AUGGAAGUCCACGUUGUCUCAAAGCAAGAUAACUCAAAGCAUGCGGCCUUCACGCUGCUUGAUACAGCGUAUCUACCACCAUUGGCCGAAUCGUCCAUCCGCAUCCGCACCCAGAUCCUCAGUUUGACUUCCAACAAUCUAACAUAUGUUCGUUUGGGGGACAUUGCUCAUUGGUGGGAUCCGUAUCCUGUUUCUGAUCAUUACCCGGCCCCCUACAAUGACAACGCCAGGUGGGGAAUUGCACCAGCCUGGGGCUAUGCGACUGUCGAGGAGAGCACCAUCCCGGAACUCGUUCCUGGAACCGUUCUUCAUGGGUUUUGGCCGACCUCUGCUGCCUUGACUGAUCUCAAACUGAAGCCCUCUGUGCCGAAGGGAAAUUGGGUCGAAGUCAGCGAGCAUCGCCAACAGGUCAUGCCACUAUACAACCGCUAUGUCGAGAUACCAGCAUCUCUGGCGGAAAUUUCUAACGCAUCUUCUCCCACUCCUUCUCAGCAAGAGAAGCUCAACCGCUUGGCCUGGCCAAUAGUUAUCCUGUGCCGAGCUGGAAGUCACCUCAAUGAAUACGUCUUCCCAGUUAAUCCAGAGACCACGCCCAUUCACCCCUUCGGCUCCCAUGCAGGAGGCCAGGAAUGGACAGCGGCCGAUGCAGAUCUAUCGUCCGCAGUCAUGCUCAGCCUAGGUGCUUCCACCAAGACCGCUAAGGCGUUUGCCUACUUCUUCAACAGACGACCAAAGGAGACCGCUCCCCUGGGAUUCCUCCAGGUAACCUCGUCAGUUGAUCGAAUUUCUGCGGCUACUGAGAUGGCGAGCCCUACCUUCCCCUCCAAGGCAAUUGAUUAUUCAGAAAUUACUAGCGAUGCAUCUUUGAAGUGGCUAAGGGAACGAAGUCCGUCCAAGAUUGUUAUCCUAGAUUUCGGUUCUCGAUCUAAUUCAUUGGACCUAUUGCUAAAUGCAAUGAAGAGCGAUGUAGCUCUUCAGUCAGCAAAAGUAGUAAUUGUGCAGAUUGGUAGCCAGCAGAAGGUGUACACUCAAGACGAAAACCUUGCAAGUGUAAAGGCCUUUGUUGAUCUUGGUAAGGUCCAAUAUAACACGUCCAGCGUGGAGGACAUUCUGAUCGAGACUCUGGGAAUGGAAAAACUUUUCACCCAGCUAAAUCAGCAAGCGGAAGCAUUGACUGAUCACAUCCAUGAGUGCGCACCCGGAUUGGAAUUGAUAUGGGGCAGUGGUGUCGCCGGCGCUCAUGGCAUUGAAGCCGGCUGGGAUCGAUUAUGCCGAGGACAAGUAGGUUCGGAGGAGGCCCUUGUCUAUAGGGUGCAACGAGCCAGCCCAACGGGUGAAUAG